UCUUGUACAUCACGUCGGAAGCUGUGAAUCGGACGCCAACUUCAGCGUCGUUUGUGUUCUUCCAUCCAGGAACGACCACAGGCAGCACUUCUCCGUGGGGUACGGCGACCUAAACGGAGAAAAGACAAACGGCGAAGACAUUUGGAUCUUCAAACUAGAUGAUCACUGAAUCCGUCCUGGUUCAACUUAAAGGUAUGCAAGGAACUGGGCCCCAACAAAAACACCCUGAAAAAACAUUUCAACUUACUAUAUUGUGCUGCAUAUGUAAUGAACCCAUAAACCCAAAAGCAUGUUUUUUUUUUCUUUAACUGCAGAACUAUUUUCAGAUUUGACUUAGUAUCUUUCUUAUGGAGUUUGAGAAACAUUCUUUAAUUUUACACUCAAAUUUUGAAUAUUUCAAUCGCUCGUCAGCCUGUCAUUUAAUUUUUAUGAAUCCCUAUUUUCUUCUGCAACAGCCGCACAAUUUCAAGAGAAGAGGACAUUUUGAACAAGCAUUUCAUUUCAUUUUUACAAAACCCACUCGUCUUGUCUGAACUCAAUAAGAGGUUGAACGACCAAUGUACUUUUGGGUUGGGAAGAAGAUUACUCAAAGUGUCGUGUUUGUAUUUUUUUCCUAGCAAUUGCAACACAUAAAAUUUGAUCACUCUAUAAACCACUUGCAGAAAAAAGUUGUACUGCAAAAGUAUCUCUCAAAAUUAUAGCGGAAGCUUAAUGUAAUGGAGGAAAUAUUUUUUUGUUAAAUGACAUAACUCAAAUACAACAGCAGUACUUGUAGUCCCUCGUUUCCACUGUGUGUUAUAACAUGGGUCAGUGCAGGGACUCUUUUGUCCUCUAGAGUCUAGACAAUGGUGUGUUGUGUGAGGCCUGUAGCUCUACCUUACCAUACCAUCAUCCUAUAAACCUAGAAAUGAAGGGGGCCCAGGAAUGGUGCGGUACUGGUCGGUUGUAAGGUCCAGUUUUAUAAUGGAAAUGGACAACGAACCACACCAACCCGCGUUGUACCGCUCAGUGGAAGCAGGUCAUUAAUAGACUACCAAUUCUCUUUUUGCAUUUUCUUAACAAGCAAAUUUACUUAUUUGAAAGUAAAUGCUCAAGAUCAGAUUCAUGAAAAACCCUAUUCAGUUUUUUAUUUGAUCAAAUAAUGUGAGCAUUUAAUAAUUUUGGUUUGACCUUAAUUGGUCUGCCAAUCAAAGCAGGUCAAAUUAUUAGAAUUUUGAUGAAAGUCUAAUGGUGGUACUUUAAUAUUUUUGGCAUUCAUGACUCCUUAAAGAUUUGCUUUAAACUGCUGUCCCACAAUUGCGUUUUUUUUGUUUGUUUUUUUUGUCCGUGUUCAGAAAAAGCAAAGUUCUCUAAUGUUUCUGGAGAGCUUUUGCGUAUUUCUUUAGACAGAUUCUUUUUGAAGUCGGUCUCUUCAGCGAUUUAAUUGAAGACUUGCGUUGUUCGACCCGCAUUUGUUGUUCACUAGUUUUCACCACCAGCUUGUCGGCCACGUUUAAAUGCAAGUGCUGUUUCAUUUUAGUUGACACAAAAGAAACAAAAUGCAAAAAAUAAAAAAAAUUAUGAAAACUGCCGUGAACUUACUGCAUAAAUGUUCAUUUAAAAAUUCUUCUAAACUUUGAAACUAUCCGCAUUUCAGUUUGCUUUGUUGUGAAUUUGAUCUUCAAUUUUUCAUCCACAAAACCCAUUUUGUUAUGGAACUUGAUCUCUCUUCUUACUCACUGACAUGUUUCAGGAUUGACGACAGUUUAAAGACAAUUGUUUGCAAUCAAACCGAACCUGUUCGAGCUUUUGAGGCGCACGAAGACAGAAAAGGAUAAACCUCAAGAUCUAAGCAUGUCUCGCAGAAGAAGCCGCAGCCCAUCACCAGGGCGAUAUUCACGCACCUGCAGCAGUAACGAUCCAAGGGAUUUGGAGAGAAGGAUUUUUGUUGGGAAUUUGCCAACUUCUGACAUGACAAACAAGGAUUUGGAAGACCUUUUCUCUCCAUACGGGAAGAUAGUCGGCGUGUCCUUGUUUCGAGGUUAUGGAUUUGUUCAAUUUGAGCGCCUUGAGGAGGCUGAAGCUGCAAGAGCAGCUCAAAAGGGCCGAAUAUAUAAAGGGUACAAACUAGAUGUAAAUAUGGCAGUGGAGCGACGGCAAGCUAAACCUCUAUCCCAGCAGAGUCCUCCUCGAAGGCCCAUCUAUGGCAAGGAGGGCCGGCCUCGCUCGCGUUCACCUAUUUAUGGCCGUGACGCAAGAGAACCUCGGGAGAGCCGUGAGGGAAGAGACUCUGCUAGGGAACCCCGGCCAGGUAGCCACUCUCGUGACCCUGAUUUCCGGUACCGCUCGGGGAGCAGAGACAAGGACGCCAGGGGCGACCCUCGGGACCCUGCUUACAGAGAAGAUUAUGACCGAUUCUACCGCAGCGGCAGUGGGGUAGAGGACUAUUACAGGAGGAAGGAUGAGCCCUUCAGGGACCCGUACUUGGAUCCCUGGAAUGGACGUCGUGAGCCUGGAGUCGAAGACCGCGCUCGACCAGAAGAGCGCCGUCGGAAUGAACUGUAUCGACAGUACUACGAGGAACUCCAGCGGCGCUACGACGCAGACCGCCCUGUUGACUGCUCUGUGAUUGUUGUAAACAAGGCGCAGAAUAGGGAGUAUGCAGAGACGGUCGGGCGAAAGGUCCGCGAUUUGGGAAUGGUUGUGGAUCUGAUCUUCCUGAACACGGAGGUUUCUCUCACCCAGGCUCUGGAGGACGUAGGCAGAGCCCGAACUCCCUUCGCCAUCAUCAUCACUCAGCAGCAUCAGGUGCACCGAUCUUGCACAGUCAACAUCCUGUUUGGUACACCUCAAGAACAUCGAAACAUGCCAAUGCAAGAUGCAAUGUUGCUGGUCGCCCACAACUAUGACACCUACAAAGUGGAAAACCGAGAAAAAGAACGGGAGGAAAUCGCAAGGAAGGCUGCCAAGAUGGCGGAUGAUGUGUUACUCCGGGAGCCUGACAGAGAGAGCCAUCCCAUUUCAGUGCUCACCAGCAUCACGCUGCUGGCGGAGAACAGGUUUUUAACCCCAGAGGAACUGGACAGCCUCAUUGCAUACAUGAAGGAUAAAAGAACUCGUCUUGUAAGAACCUCUGAAGAUCCUCUGGCAGCUCCUGCAGCGCAGCAUCGUGAUGUGGUACCAUCAGCUGCAGGACUCACUCCAUCUACACACGGCACCGUCCAGCCAAGUCACCUGUCGACCGGUUCCAGCGCCUCGGCAAACCCGAGUCACCAGCAGGAGCUGCAGGCUAAAAUCCUCAGUCUGUUUAAUAGCGGCUCCAGCCCCAUAUCAGGAUCCACUGCCGUUUCCCAGGGCGCCCCUCAGUCACACUCCUACGGCUCACUCGGUCCCUCACCCUCCCAAAAUCCAUCCCGUUCACCAAUGCCAGGGAUGGCUUCAGGUGGAUCCCAGGGUUACGGCAUGUCACUGUCCCGCUUACCCCCUGCGUCUACAGCUCAGAGACCCCCCGCUGCCACUUCAGGUAUCAAUUUUGACAACCCAAGCGUCCAGAAAGCUCUGGACACACUCAUUCAGAGUGGGCCGUCUCUGAACAACCUGGUGGGCCCUGGGUCUGCUCCGCCGAUGCCCCAGAGGUCAGCUCCCAAUAUGGGGCAGGGUCCCCCCCCAAUGUCCAUGUAUCCUCGCCAUUAUUGAGACAAAUGAGCGGUUAGAAGCAUUUACUGCAACUGUUUCUGUGAUAGGUUUGUGUUAGAAGACCCUGGAGAUGUUUUGUAAACGUUAUGAUUUUCUCCUCAAUUUUGUGCAGUUGAAAUUUGGAAGGUUUGCCUAAAUUACAUAAUGGUUUAUCUUUUCAGUUUGCCUGAAAUGUUUUACGGAAUCUUUUUAACAUGUGUAACAAACAAUAGAGCUAUGAAGUAUGUUUUGCUUUGUAAUAGAGAUGGUUCUUUUCAGCCCUGAGCUUGUUUUAUAGUUUUCCAUUGUGCUGGUCAAUCUGUAGUUUUGUUUUUAUUGUCAAAACAACACGAUUAAAAACUGCAAACACACAUUCUGUAGUAAAAUGAUAUUGGUUUAUUGCAUUUUGUGCUGACAAAUCUAUAAAAUGGAACAGGUAUCGCCAGAAGCUAGAGAGAUAAGCAUUUGAAAUAUGGAUAAAACAGCUUUUUCUUUUUUUAAAUGUACCAUGAGUCACAAUAGAGAAUAAUACAUAAUUUUUUUUUAGUUUAGAAUAUUUAACUUACACUGACACAGAAAUUAAACACCUCAACACUAACUAUCUGAUUUUAUUUACAUGUAGUCCCUUCCCACCCAUGCCCAUUAACCACCCCUGCCCCCAGCAGUUACAAGUGCACGUGUACACACACACACACACCCCCACAGAACUGAAGGGACACACUACAGCGUUACCAUUGGACUGGGGAGGGUGUUAAGGAAAAUCAUGAACAAGUCAAAUUUUAUAUCUGAAACUAAACAGGUUUUGUGUGUAUGCCGAUUGAAAACAAUUUCACAUCCAUUUUUCGUUUUCCAAGCAUCCAUACAAAAUAUUAUCAAGUCUGGGUAGUAACAAGGUUCCUGUUGGGGAGAAUCAAAUAAAAUCCUUAAAGCUUUCAGAUACUAAAGGUCUGAAUGUUUUGGGAAAUGUGCAUGUCAUGGUAAUUGUAAUCAGUCUAAGGUAGGGCUGGCAUAGAUAAUGGAAGCAGUUUGGGCCGUCUUCAAAGAACAUGGGCACAACCUAACUGUAAAGUGCCUGUACUGAAAGCUAAUGCUGCGUUCCAGCUUCACUCAGAAAUUUUGACUUCCCAGUCAGAAAAAUCAACUGGAACUCCGGAUUUCCCACUGGGAAUCUGGGAACUACUCCAACUAUCCCUAGUUAUAAAUUGUAAGGUGAACCUUGCAUCAACGGUACUAAGAUGUGGUUGAAACAGGUUGACAUGCAUUUAACAAUGUGUCUAAAAUCAAUGUCACAUGUGGUGUCUGCAGCUCUAAACUGAAUAAAUUAAAAGUGAUGCUUAUGGGAAGUAAAGCUUGAAAUGAUGUUUGUAAGAGCUAUUGCAUACACAAUGUCUAUGGGUGUCGCCAUGUUAAAAUUCCGAUUUAAAUCGGAAUUUACCUCGGGUCUGACAUCAAAUCCAGCUCCAAGUUCCUACUUCCCAGAUAACUGGAACGCAGCCUUAAAACAUUUUAGAUCUGCCUACGCUCAGACACCUGUUCCCAUUUCCAUUAUUCUGUGCCAGUUAUAACAAAGCACAUUUCCCAAAAUGUUACAUAAAUUUGGAGAUCUUGUAUCUGACCUGCAGUUAAGUCCGAUUUUGGUCAGGCAGCAGACGAGCCACCCGUUAAGCAGCUUGUAUUAAAAUUUACCUCACGUAUUUGCACAUUUUAACGUGUUAUUAGUUAAAUAUCAACAGUUGCUACACAUUUUCCAGAGACUGGAAAACACAAUUUUCCCUUGUCUUAUUCUUUUCACUGGAAAACACAAUUUCAUACUUAACUGAGAGAAACUUUAGCAAUUGUUUUACUUUUUAAUAGCUGACACAACAAGAGAACCUCGUGGAUAGAUCUACCAUUUGAAAAUAGGUUAUAAUAAUAUCCAUCUUGGAUACAACAAUAGGCCAGUCCUAAUGAAAGAGAAAAAUAUACUAGAAAUCAAAGUUUCUGACUGAUACAAACAGAAUACUUGUAUAUCACAAACAUCCAAUAUAUUUUCAGCACACUUUGUUCAGGGUAGUUGCAUGCAUGCACUGAGUAACACAACAUAACUGGAAGGUGGCUCUGCUUGGACAGCAGCUUGAGUUUUUCCUCGUCCGACUAGAUGAGAUUGAGUAUAACGCAAAAGAUAGUUCUGAUCUUUUUUUUUUUUGGAUCAGACAUGUUUGUCUGAUGCCGCUGUGAUCCACUGAUGGGUGUGAGUAUUAGCCAUGUCCCUUCUCUGCAGUGAUCUGGGACUUGUUUUUUUUUUUUUUUCCUCUUUGAUAGUCCCUAACAGGACAACCUCCUCUCCCACCUGACAACAGAUGUGUUUCAGAGCCCUUAAUAUCCAUUAAAGAAUGGAGACUGGGUAGUGAUCACCAGCAGGUGUUUUUUUUUUUCUUCAUGCUACAGUUGUGCAGGUGAUGAAUAUGAUGUAAAGUUGUGGAUGGGUAAAGCAGGGGGAGUAGUUACAUGCUGUUUUUUUUAUUUAUUUUUUUUAGUCAACAAUUAAAGUCCAAGCAGAGCCAGUACCAGAAUUGGAAGCGCGAGUUUUCUAUUCUUUGAUAAUUUUUCAGAAUUAUACUGCAGUCACAUUUAAAAUACAAUGCUGGGGUGGAUUUUUGUGGCUGGGAUGGUGGAUAACAGGGGUGUUGUGAUGAAGAGGGAGGGGGGAUUCUGGGAGGACUCACCUCACAGAUUGAGUGACAAGCACAAUAAAUUUAACAGCUAUUAUUUUCUUUAAAAUGAAUUGUCUGAAUUUAAAAAAAAAAA